UUGUUUUUUUUAUAUCCUCUUUUCCACUUUCUGACUUUCUAGAGAUCCAAACACGCACCUUUUUCUUUCCUUUCCCAUUUUUGUCCAUACUACGACUCUUGGUGGAGGACCCUUUUUCUCUCUUAAUAUUCGUCUUGAUAAGGGUUUUAGGACAAACAAUUGGACAGACUCGGAUGCACCUUCUGUUUGGGUUACCAAAGAUAGGAAAAAAUGGAAUUUUAGAUUGGAAGUAAGUCAAAUUUCACAGCAAAAUAGGGUAGGCCAUGUGAGUAACGCUUGGGCAGGGACAAGGAUAUUGGUUCUGUUAGUGUGCAGAAGAUGGGAAAAUGCAAGGGUUUUGGGAAAUUAGGGAGGAUGUUGCCAAGGGAUGGGCCUGUGAAUGCUUACUAUUCAUCUCUACUGUGUUCCCCUGUUGUGUCUGUUUGGGAUUGCAUUGUCCGCAAGAUGAGAUAUUCCUAUAGACCUGAGUGGGUGUAGUAGUCUUGGUGUUAUAUUAGUUCGUACUAAGACAAUAAAAUUAGAAAUAGGUAGCAUCAAAACUUUUAUUUUAGGGAAAAGGCUAAAAAGUAAAAAAGAGAAAGCUUUAUAGGGAAAUGUAUACGAGUUAGAGGAACCUGUUAAAGCAAAAACUGAAAACUGGGUUUUAAAGCAUUUUAAGUAUUCAUGGAUAACAAGGCAUGUAACAAAAUGCAAACAGUAGUGAGUAAAGCGAAAAAGAAGCAGGUGAAGGAUGAGUUGGAACGUAUUAAACAAGCUGAGAAGAAAAAGAGGCGGUUGGAGAAAGCCCUUGCUACAUCCGCAGCCAUCCGUUCCGAGCUAGAAAAAAAGAAACAGAAAAAGAAGGAAGAACAGCAGAGGCUUGAUGAGGAAGGUGCUGCAAUUGCUGAGGCCGUCGCUUUGCACGUCCUACUUGGUGAAGACUCUGACGACUCCGCUAACAUUAUGCUAAACAAGGAAGAGGGGUUCAACUGCUGGGGUUAUGGUAUAUAUAUGGAUGGAGGAAGGGCCUAUCUUCCCCAUCAACCUCACCCAAACUGUCAAGGCUGGGUCUCAAAUGCAUAUAGAACUGGGGACGGUGACUGGUCCUUCUCAUAUGGAAGGGAGGUGCAAGCACCAUUUUUGGAGAAUGGAGGGUUAGGAAGUGGCGGACUUUCAGUUGGUCUGAUUGCAGCACAGGCUAUUUCAGCACUCCAAAUCACAGAGGAUGCAAAGGUCCUCCACUGAGGCUAGACAAAGCGUUUUGUUGUUUGGUCAUAAUUCUGAAUAAUAAUGACUCUCUGAUAUAUGUAUAUGUAUAUGUAUAUGUAUGUGUCAGUCAUAUGUUGUGGUUGCUGCUUCUGUGUAUCGAACUAUCCUAUCCUGCUCUCUCCUGUCUGUUAACCAUACUAUCAAAUGGUCUGUUUGUUGAUGGUUUUCUUUUUCCCUAUCACUGAUUUUGAGGCAUGAAUGCAGUUAGUCCCACCAUCUAAAUGCCAUUAA